AUGGCAUUGGUACAAGCUGAGACCCAGAAGGCCCAAGAUCAAGCCCAGGCACAGGCACAAGCCCAAGCAAAGGCUGCUCAAGAACAAUCAUGCUCUGCCAAGCAUGUCAAUAUAUUGGUGGCCGAAGAUGAUAUAAUGUGCCAGUUGGUGGCAAAGAGACUGCUGUCUAAACUUGGUCACUCGGUCACCAUUGCAAAGAAUGGCGCAAAGGCCGUCGAGGAGGUGGUCAGUGGCAAGCCAUUCGACUUUAUCCUGAUGGACGUGGAGAUGCCCGAGAUGAAUGGUCUGGAAGCUACCGAGCGCAUAAGACAAUUUGAGCAUGGCACAAGAAGGACACCAAUCGUAGCAUACACAACCAACAAUCGUAGUAGAUGUAUCGAUGCUGAUAUGGAUGACCAUCUACUCAAGCCCGCCAGUCUAGAAUCACUACAGACCAUGAUUGCGCUGUUCACUGGCAGAUAG